AUGGGCGGCGGCGUGUCCAAGACGGAGUAUGAGCGCAUCCGCAAGGAGCUGGUAGUGAAGGACCAGGUCAUCCGGACCUUGCAAGAGCGACUGGAAAGCACCGCGUACCUUGGCCCGGCCCAGACUGGAGGGGACAACAAAGUGCCGCCCGACCGAGCGGCUACAGCUGCAGCCUUGCCCAAGGUGAAGGAAUCCCGAGUGUCGAACGCAGAGCUGACGCUGCAGAAAGGUGCCAGCUUCAGCUCGCGGUUUACGUUGCUGCACGAAGCCAAGGAGCUGCUCGGAGACAGCAUCGACCUGCCCGACAGCGACGCACCAAACCAAUACAGUGCCGCAGCUGAGGCUAGAGGACUCGACGGCUCCUUCAGUGCUGGUCCCAAUGGCUCCAAGGGUAAACUGAGACGUAUCGAGGUGAGUGCCGAGGUCAUGCCGAGCCGCAAGAUCAUGGCCACCAAGGAACGCGUGGUCUACCCGAAGAGUGAACGAUCACGAGAGCUUCUGCUCAAAGUCCUGCAGUCCAACGUGCUGUUCAAAGGCCAAUCGCAUGGCGAACUUCGCGACUGCUUGGACGCGUUCUUCCCCAUGCACGUCACGCCUGGCCAGACUGUGAUCAAACAAGGAGCGCAGGGCGACAAUUUCUACGCCGUUGAGUCAGGCCAGCUCGAGAUUCUCGUGUCGAUGGGAGGGGCUCCGCCUAUUCGGUACGGAUAUCUAGGCCCCGGACUGGGCUUUGGCGAGCUGGCGUUGCUGUACAACAUGCCUCGAGCAGCCACGAUUCGUGCCGUGACGGACGGCGAGCUGUGGGCUCUGGAGCGAAACACUUUCCGAGAAAUCCUGGCUUCGCACAAACUCAAUCGACUCAACCGGACGCUGGAAGUUCUCGGGAAGAUCGCGCUACUGAGCAAAUUGACAUCAUCAGAGCUACAGCAAGUCGCUGCAGCGAUGGACUGGGAGGAAUUCGAAGAGAAAGCGGUAAUUGUGCGGCAGGGCGAGGUGGGCGAGAAGUUCUACAUCAUCAACAAGGGCGAGAUCGUGGUCACCCAGGUGGACGCCAACACGGGCGAGGAAAACAUCAUCCGAAGGCUGAAGGAGUCCGAUCACUUUGGAGAAAUGGCGCUGUUCAAGGAUGAAAUGAGGUCGGCCACGUGCACCGCCGUGACGAGAGUGCAGUGCAUCACGCUCGAACGCGCUCAAUUUAUCGCCAUGCUCGGAACGCUGCAGGAGCUCAUGGACCGAGAACCAGCCCAUCUCGAGGCGAAGGACCUCGCGACUCGGCGGACUUCAACGGAGGCGCUAGUGGAUCCUGCAGACUACAAGUACUACAUGCAGAUCCCACGCGAAGAGCUGGAGGUGCUGCAGACUUUGGGACGUGGGGCGUUCGGACGUGUCCGCCUUGUACGCCACGCAGCUUCAAACCGCGCGUACGCACUGAAGUGCCUUAUCAAGUCGCACAUUGUGGAGAAUAACCUUAAGGAGCACGUAUUGAACGAGAAGCGCGUGAUGCUCGCGCUUGAUCACCCGUUCAUCCUCAAGCUCUACACGACCUUCAAGGACCGCACACACUUGUAUUUCCUUGUGGAGCUUGCAUUGGGAGGCGAACUCUUCACGUAUUUGCGCCGGAGGGACCACUUCGAGGAGCCCGUCGCGCGGUUCUACAUCGCCAGUGUUGUGCUGGUUUUCCAGCACAUGCACUCCAAGAGUAUUAUAUACCGGGACCUCAAGCCCGAGAACAUUCUGCUCGACAACGAAGGCUUCAUGAAGCUGGCCGACUUCGGGCUGGCCAAGCUCGUGACCGACCGCACUUGGACGCUUUGUGGCACGCCCGACUACCUCGCACCGGAGAUUAUCCUGAACAAGGGCCACGACAAGGCCGUCGACUACUGGGCGUUGGGUAUCCUCAUCUAUGAGCUCAUGACUGGAUCAGCCCCGUUCUACGCUCAAGACCCGAUGCAGAUCUACGCUCUCAUUAUCCAAGGAAACGUCAAGUUCCCAACGUACAUGGGACGAGCUGUUGUCGACCUAGUGCAGAAACUGCUAUGUCAGAAUCCGGUACGGCGGCUUGGCAACAUGAAGCACGGGAUCAAGGAUAUCAUCAACCACCGCUGGUUCUCGGGCUUCCAGUGGGACAGUCUGCGGAACAAGAGCAUCAAGCCCCCCAUCGUGCCCCAGGUCCGUGACGACUUCGACACGUCCAACUUCGAGGACUUUCGCCACGAAAUCGAGGAUCCUGGUCUUGAAUGUGACUGGGACCCGGACUUCUAG